AUUGCACAGUUGACGCUGCAUAAGUGCAACCUGCGCGUGCUGGAGUCUCCGCUUUACACAGAGCAGAUGAGAUCAGACUGAAACGGAGAAAGUCUCUCUGUCUAUCUCUCUCUUUCUGAUCUUCAGCGCGAUUUAUUCACACUGGAAUAUUAACCCAGGAUUUACAGCAGAUUGGAGAUGCUGGAGAAGAAGAUGGACUGGCAGUGGAUGGUUUCUUUGUUUCUGCUCGGGAUCAUAGCAGAGGCCACUGUAAUAGCGAGUCCGGAGGGAAACGUCAGCGAUGAGGGCUUGCCUCAUAAUGUAUACACUGAUAUUGGAUCCACCAGACAGAAGAUCAUGACUGCGCAGUUCGAAUGCUAUCAGAAGAUCAUGAAGGACACCAGCAAUGUUAAAGUUGGUCUGAUGUGUAACCGAACGUGGGACGGAUGGCUGUGCUGGGACGACACAGAUGCUGGAGUCACCGCUCACCAGCACUGUCCUGACCACUUCCAGGACUUUGACCCUACAGAGACAGCCACUAAGGUGUGCAUGGAUAACGGGCAGUGGUUUAUGCAUCCGGAGAGCAACAGGACGUGGACGAAUUUCACCAGAUGUAACGCGCACAGUAAAGAAAGUAGAAUGACCGCAAUAAACCUGUUCUACUUAGCCCUGAUAGGACACGGGCUGUCUCUGGUCUCGCUGUUCAUUUCACUCGGGAUAUUUUUCCAUUUUAAGAGUUUGAGCUGUCAGAGAAUCACCCUGCACAAAAACCUCUUCUUUUCCUUUAUCUUGAACUCCAUCGUCACGAUCAUCUGGUUAACGGGCGUGGCCAGCAACCAGGAACUAGUGCUGAGAAAUCCGACCAGCUGUAAAGUGUCUCAGUUUAUCCAUCUCUAUCUGCUGGGGUGUAAUUAUUUCUGGAUGUUGUGUGAGGGGAUUUACCUCCAUACGCUCAUCGUCGUGGCCGUGUUCGCCCAAAAACAGCAUUUAAUAUGGUACUAUCUUCUCGGAUGGGGUUUUCCACUGUUACCAACUACGAUACACGCCAUAGCUAGACGUUAUUACUACGAUGACAACUGCUGGAUCAGUUCAAACACGUCUCUGCUGUACAUCAUCCACGGGCCGAUCUGCGCCGCGCUGUUGGUGAAUCUCUUUUUCCUGCUCAACAUCGUGCGCGUCCUCAUCACCAAGCUGAAGGUGACACACCAGGCCGAGUCGAGUCUGUACAUGAAGGCAGUGCGAGCCACUCUUAUUCUCGUCCCUCUGUUAGGAAUCCAGUUCGUCCUCCUGCCCUAUAAACCUGCGGGACACGUCCUAUCCGAGAUUUACGACUAUCUUAUGCACAUCUUAAUGCAUUAUCAGGGUCUUCUGGUGGCUACUAUCUUCUGCUUCUUUAAUGGAGAGGUUCAGAGUGUGUUACGGAGACACUGGAAUCAGUAUCGGAUGCAGUUUGGCAGCGCGAUGACUCACGCCGAGGCACUCAGAUCGACGUCCUACACCGCCUCGUCCAUCACCGAGGUGCAGGGAUGCUACAGCAUCGACGGCCACAGCGAACAUUUAAACGGCAAGGGCUGCCUCGAUGCUGAGAAAUCAGAGAAUUCCUGCGACUGAACGCGGCGAGACGGCACCCAGACCGUGUUGGAGUCAACGUUGCGAGGGUCACAUGACUGCGUCUACCCAGAGUUCUCUCUGCCGACGCAUGAAGGAAGGAUUUAAGGAAGGAAGGUUUACUGCUCUCACACUGCCUUAUUAUCUUACACAGUGCAUACUACCUGAACGAGAAAAAUAAUUAAAUGGUGACACUUUAAGAGACACGUAAUCAUUUAGGCUGCGUCUCAAUCAGCUCCUAAUCCAGUAGUCAGGGCACUGAUCAGGGAGUCGGCCAUUUUACAGUCUCUUUCUCUCUCUCUAUCUCUCACACAAAAUCUUUUCAGUGAACUGGAAAGUUAACGCCAUUAAAAUAUUCCACAAUGCACCACAAAAACCAUCCAUGCUCACGAUGUCCCCUUACUGGAAAUCUGGACGUCAUAUUUUCUAAGAAAAAAAGAAAGUUUGUCUACAAAUGUAAGCAGCUUGUUAGUGUUGUUGUAGCUCUCAAAUGAUUGCUUAGGUUAGCAUUACUUAGCAUUUUAUUCCGAGAAACCAUUCGAGUCAUGUAUGUCAUAUAUGUAAAAUGAGUCUUUUUAAAUCUUUAAAUGAUGAAAUCCUUUCAGGGAAACUCUGAAGUUGCCUGCUAGUCAAUGGAAGAAAAUCUAUCAGACUCACCAAAGCAAGAGUUUAUCGUGUCAUAAAAUCGAACAGAGCGUCAAAGUAUUUGCAUAACAUGCAAAUAUAUUCUCGGAUAUUAGAUAACGGAGCUGGGGGUACAAUUUCCAUAUUCAUAGAAUUUGAAUUCUUUAAUUAGAAUGAUGAUAUUUUUUUGUGGAAGCAAUAGUUUGUUAUAUUUUUAUUAUUAUUAUUUUUUAUUUUUGUAUAUAGUCUUCAAAAAAAUAAGUAUCUGGGCAAGCAGUCAAACAAGCAAACAUAUGGCUGUAAGCUGGGAAUAAAGUCGGCUUUAAAAACAGACAGUUUUCAUUGUCGUGGUCACAGUUAGUUAUAUCUGAAUUUCAUGUAAGUUUCAUUUUAAUUUUUUGAUUUUUAAGUUUUCAUAGAACUGCAAAAAUGUUUUUACUUAAAAACAAAUUAAAGGUUAAUUACUAGUUAACUGUAUCUAUAUCGAUUUAUCAAUAAUCAAUAAUUUCUAAAAUAAUACACUGAAUUGUUACUUUUACUAAGUGAUGAUAUCUUGAAUAUAGGUGAAAUGAUUUAAUAUUUGAUCAUUAAUUUAUAAUUUUAAAAUUAUAAGAUGACAGUAAACCAAAUAUAAGGCUUUUAAACAUAUUUCUAGCCAUUUUAAAUAUUAAAUGUUUUGGCAAAUAAUACUGUUUUUUUCAGCAUUUAAUGCGUAAUUAAUAAAUUAAUUAAAAAUAAAUAAUUGAUAUGAUUAUUAGCAAAUUUAAACGGAGUAAUCUUAAAACAGGAAAUAUUCUAUCCAUUUGUCUAGAUUUAAGAUAUUUUUGUAGUAUAUUGUAGCAAACAAAACAAUUUUUUAUUAAUUGCUCCCAAUGAUAUCUCAAGUCAGAAUAAUGUCGGUAACGAUUAAUUUAGCUCACAAGUUUAUUCCUUAAAGUGUUACCAAUUAAUGAAAAAAUAAAUGGAGUAUUUGUAGUCGCCUGCUGCUUUGUAAAGGCAUUGAAUUGUAAAUAAUUUUCUAAUAUCAUUUCUCUUUUUUUUCCUCUGUACUGUGCAUUCGAAUCAGGCUGAAACGUUAGCCGUCGCCGCCGAUCCGCUUUGCUGACUAGCGCUGUAUGAAAUGAUGACUUACUAUGAUCAUUUUUUCUAAAUGUUGUACAAAAAAAUAUCUAUGUAUAAAUAUAUGAAUAUAUAUAUAGAAUCCCGUUCAGGGAGGCAGCCAGUAUCAUUUUCUAUGUUAUAUUCAGGACAGUACUGUAAACUAAUGAUGUAGUGGUGUUGUCUGUGUUCAUGCAUCUUGUCUCGUCUGGAAGUCACAUCAAAGAUCGUGUUUUAAUGUUUCAUGUCCAUAAAAUACCCACGACAAUCCUGCACUUACAUUUUGUAAUAUAUUCAUAUCCAACGUGCACAAUGCUGGUGUGACGGACUUGUCAAAAUACCGACUGUGAUCGAUUUUGUAGGAGGCCACAUCAUUUUGGUCAGGAAUAAAAUCCGUUUGCAAGAAAA